AUGAUAAGUUUUGGUGCAGGCCCUUGCUGGAAGGCAGUACUGGCAACCCUGCUGGUGCAAGGUUCAACAAUUCGAGCAUUUGUACCACUCAGUCCAGUAGCAGGACUGCACAGAAGGGGACCUGCAAUCAAAAAGACCGCAAUUAUUGUCUUUUCAGACUGGAAUGACAGCUCUCAAGACUCCAACAACUGGAGCAGUAGUGAUGAUGCUGGCACUGAUGCACAGGAAGAUUGGGAAGAUCUCCUCAACCGGAAAAAUAAUGGAUCCUUCUGGUCUGAAUUUGAAUCCAGUGAAGACAACGCUGUCUCCCUAGAUAUCAAUGCUGAUCAAGUCGAAGAAGUAGAUGAAUCAGAUGCAUGGUUGGAGACUCUGGCAUCCCUCCAAGCAGAAGAGGUGGAGUUCAACAUGAAAGAAGCCGAUCGAGCUGAUAAGGUUAGGCAGAUGCAAGAAUGGGGGUUUGAUUCAUCCACUAUUGAAUCAACCUUGGACGUUUCCAUGGAUUCUUCUCUGGAAGAAAAAGAUGAAGUUGAUGGGAUGAAGCUCUUUCGAGAAGAAUCCUACUGGGAUGAGGAAGAUAUGAGUUUGGUGGAAAGUCAUACCAAAGUAGCCAAAGAUCCGGAUACAGGAGAGACUAUGCGGAGUCAAAUGGUCUAUGUAGAUGAACACACUUGCAUUGGAUGCACAAACUGUGCAAUGAUUGCACAAUCAACCUUUUUUAUGCAAGACGACCAUGGUAGAGCUCGAGUGUUUGAACAGUGGGGCGAUGAUGAUGAAACAAUCAAGAUAGCCAUUGAAACCUGUCCUGUGGAUUGCAUCCACUAUGUUCCAUAUGAUGAACUAGUCAGAUUGGAAAUUGAACGCAGAGACCAAAACAUCAACGCUAAGGCAAGGCUUGUUAGUCAAGCAGAGUACAGUGGUGCUGGUCCCACGAGUGGGCCUGUUAAAUUCACAGAAGCGCCAAGAAUUAGUGGGAACAUGGCGGCUCGUUGUAACAACUGCCCAUCACGUGGCUGCAGGACCUGUCCAAUGUAUGGUGUUGGUCUGAAUCCAGAGUUUCAACGAAAGGAAAAGGAGCGCAAAGCCCGCGCUGCCAAGAGGCGUCUUGAACGUGAGAGAGAAAGUGAUAUGAAGAGUGCUGAUUUCGCAAUAUUUUCGUUUGACACACGGCUUGCGGAACGAACAGGAGCCGUUUUCCAAAGUCUCUAUUACUAUCAACUCACAGGAGAGAAAGAUGCGGGUUACCUCAUGGUUUCCCUUAUUAGGCAAGCAAUCAAGCUUCGUCGCACGCAGCCAGAACUCUGA